GGAGUUUUAAGUUCUCCAAUAAGAAAAAGACCUAUCAGUGCAUCAAGUGCCAGAUGACCUUUGAGAAUGAGAGAGAGAUACAAAUCCAUGUCGCUAACCAUAUGAUUGAGGAAGGCAUCAAUCAUGAGUGCAAGCUGUGUAACCAGAUGUUUGACUCUCCGGCAAAGCUCCUGUGUCACCUGAUUGAGCACAGCUUUGAGGGGAUGGGAGGCACAUUCAAAUGCCCUGUUUGUUUCACAGUUUUUGUGCAGGCAAAUAAACUGCAGCAGCACAUCUUUGCAGUCCACGGACAGGAAGAUAAAAUUUAUGACUGUUCCCAGUGCCCACAGAAGUUCUUCUUUCAAACAGAGCUUCAGGUAUGUUUGCAAGAGGAGUAAGAGUAAAGCCGAGGC